UUUCUUUCUUGCCUAAUGCUAUCAUCAUCAUAACCUAACCGAUGGAAAAUGUGAGAGGCGCGAGAGAAAUGACCAAGUCAUUACAGAAUCUAAAAGUUAAUCACACCUCGGAAGACCGUAUGCCCAAUCGUUGCAUCUUUUCCGUUUUCUGUUCCCCCACUCUACAAGUACAGAAAUUGAAAGCUCCGAGCCUAGUCAAUUUAUGCCUGGGAAUUGUUGGGAAGCAUUUUGAAGAUAUCGUCGAGGACUUGGCAGAUAUUGCUGCCAAUUUCCCUUCAGAUAUUAAGUUGGCAAUGGCAGCGAUUGCAAGGCGAAGGAAGUUGUUGAAUGAUAAAAUCAUAAUUGAUUUAGCUGAAAGCUCCUGGGAAAUCCUUGAUUUGUCAGGUUCGGAUGUUUCAGACUUUGGUUUGGCAAAGUUGGCAUUGAUAUGCAAUCGACGUCUCCGAGCUGUUGAUAUAAGUCGGUGCAUAAAGAUUACUCCAGUUGGUGUUUAUGAGGCUUUGCAGCAUUGUGGUAAAUUGGAGGUAUUAAGAUGGGGAGGAUGCCCAGAAAGCGACUCUGUGGCCCGUGCAAGCUUGUGCCUAUUGAAACCGAAAUUGGAAGACAUGGAUGGUGAUUCUUGGGAGGAUCUUGAUACCAUGGAGAUUGCACCUUCUCUGCGCUGGCUCAUAUGGCCAAAUAUUGACAAAGAUUCAAUGGAGAAGUUGUGGAUGGAAUGCCCCCGAAUUGUAGUAAAUCCAAAACCAGUAUCAUCUGUUUUAGGGUAUAAUAGAGGAAGAGGAGGAGGAGGAGAGAUAAUACCUAGGGAGGCAGUAGAUGAUGUAGAGUUGGAUGAAGUUUUUGUGAAGGAUGUUGAUCCUAAGACAUGGAGUGCAAUAGGAGGAGGAGGAGGAGGUACUACUGGUGGUGUUGGGGAUCACAAGUUGGAAGAGGAAGAUGAUAUUACUAUUUCUGUUGCUGAGAAGUUUAGGCUUGCAUAUUUAGAUAGAGAUACGAGGCUUGCCCCUAAGCGCGCAAAGAACGUAAGGCAAAGGCAGAGGCGUGCAGAAAGAGAGGCGGAAACUAGCAGCACAAUGGCCAAGGCACUAGUUGCUCGCUCUAACAUCAACAAAAAAGAUGAUGAUGGCUACUGGUGGUAGCUAAUAUUAAUACUGAUGAAUGAUGAUGGCUACUGGUGGUAGCACCUCCAACAACAAGUAUAUAUGCAUGCUUGGUCUCUCCAAAACAAAUUAUUGAUUUCCGUCUCAUCUUGUUGUAAAUUAAGAUGGGUUUUUUAGUGUUGUGAUGUGCUGUUCUAUAU